GUUUUACUUAGAUAAUACCCUCUUUGUAGGCCUCGUCAAGCGCUUUGAAAUUUUCACCUCGUGUUUCAAAAUACAUUUUGGAGGUAUUAUAGUCACUCUGGAUUAAGAAUAAGGUUUUGUGUAAUUUCGGGAAACAUACAUUUCUGGUCGGAACAAGUUAUUUUGGAGAUAUCGUUCGUACCACGUUGGCUGUGCGCACUUUUUGUGUAGCCACAUUUGAAAGGUUUUCUUCCCGGUGUUGACGUCGAGCAUCACCGUCCCGCGAACAAAGGACUAGAAAGGCCCGUAGACGCUUUUAACGGCAGUUCGGAGACAGAGUUUUGUUGGAGACAGUUGGAGACACCAAGCGAAGGCAAAGAAACCGUUUUUUAAUCAGUUUUCUCAGACGCUUUGGCGUCUCUGAUCUUGACAACACAAAUAGUUCCCAGUGGUAUUAGCAAUAUUGGCUAAGUUAGCUACAUUUGUAGACAAGUGGCAAGCUAACGGCUAAUCUCAGUAGAAUACUUAUUAAACAAGGAGGUUUUAGUUAUUGAGGAGGAAAUGGCUGAAGUGUACAUUCGAGUGGCAGAGGAAGAAAAUGAAGAGCCUAUGGAGAUUCCGUCCGAGGAUGACGGCACUGUCCUGCUCUCCACCGUGGCAGCUCAGUUUCCAGGCGCGUGCGGCCUACGGUUCAGGAGCCCCCUUUCCCAGUGCAUGCGGGGAGUACGGCUCGUGGAAGGGGUCUUGCACGCACCAGAGAACGGAUGGGGCAACAUCGUGUAUGUGGUGAACUAUCCCAAAGAUAACAAAAGAAAGAUGGAGGAAAUUGAUGCCUCAUCUGCUGUGAAAAUGAAGAGAGGGGACAUGAAGACAUCUGAUCUCAUUGUACUUGGUGUACCUUGGAAAACCACUGAGCAGGAUCUGAAGGACUACUUUAGUACAUUUGGGGAAGUCAUCAUGGUUCAGGUCAAACGUGAUAAGAGUGGGAUCUCCAAAGGAUUUGGUUUUGUGAGGUUCACGGAAUAUGAAGCUCAAGAAAAAGUGAUCUCGCAGCGUCACAUGAUUGACGGAAGAUGGUGUGACUGCAAGGUCCCUAACUCAAAGACGGGUCCAGACGAGCCUCUAAGAAGCCGCAAAGUGUUUGUUGGUCGUUGCACAGAAGACAUGACCACAGAUGACCUCAGGCAGUUCUUUCUGCAGUACGGAGAAGUCACAGACGUCUUCAUUCCUAAGCCGUUCCGUGCUUUUGCCUUUGUCACGUUUGCAGAUGAUCAGGUUGCCCAGGCCCUCUGUGGUGAGGACCUGAUCAUCAAAGGUGUCAGCGUUCACAUCUCAAACGCUGAGCCAAAACACGGCAAUAGGCAGUAUGACCGAGGAUCCCGCUUUGGGAAUGGUUUUGGGGCACAGGCAUUUGGUAGCAGUCGCAGUGGUUUAGGGAGUGGCUCCAACAACAGCCUGGCUAAUUUUAGUUCCUUCAGUCUGAAUCCUGCCGUGAUGGCUGCCCUGCACAGUAGUUGGGGGAUGAUGCUAGCAAACCAGCAGCACACGUCCACGUCAGGCAGCACCUCCAGUGGCACCAGCUCUAGCAGGGACCAGGGUCAGUCUUUCAGUACAGGCAACAGUAACUUUGGUACUGGUUCAGCCAGUCUCAGCUGGGGAACAGGGUCCAAUUCUGCGACUAGUGGUAGUGGGUUUAGCUCAGGGUUUGGUUCCAAUAUGGAUUCCAAGUCAUCUGGGUGGGGUAUGUAAGUAAAGCUUUUGUCUGGUAAGUAUUGUGAGAAAGAUGAGUCUUUUCAAAAAACAAAAGGAUAAAAAAAAAUCUGGUGUGGCGUAUAUGGAAACACUUUUGUGGAGGAUGUUUUGUACAUUUGGAAAAAUGCUAAAGAUUUAAAUUAGAAUGUUUUGACGUGAGUUGUUUACCAGGAUGUCCCGACUUAAGUGCUAUUUUUGAUGUUUGUUUGUUCUCAUUUCAACUGGAUUCUCUAAUGCAUGAAUUGUGAAAUGUUGUAUAACCAUUUGAGAAUGCAUGAAUGUUUCUGAUACACCAUUUACAUGGCAUUGUCACAGACUUGAAAAGCAAUCUUGCAUUGGGAAGAAUCUGGUUGAAACCUACAUGUUUUAAGUGCAACCUUAUUUGCAGUCAAGUUCUGUGGAAAAGCCUUCAUUGAAAUCUCUUCUGCAGUUCACCUCUCUUCCAUUUCCCUGUGAGGAAGCUCCUCUUUGGCAGCAUUCUCGGCGUGAUAUCCGUAUCAUUCUUCCUCUUCCCACCUGUAAAUGCUAUGUCAUCACCGACCGGCUUCACUCCGCAUGUUCUAAGAGACGGUGGGUGUUUUCAUUUUUAUCCACUUUUAAAUGGAAAGAACUGCGCAACUGACAUUUUUAAGAACUGAUGAGUGCGGUUGAGGAUGGCUUGUGAAGAAGAGUGAAGAGAUGAGUGAGCGAACGGAGAGAGACGCGUGAAACGGACUGGUUGUGCGGUGAAAGAGCCCAAUUUGACUGCUUUUCUGAGUGUGUGAGUGGAAGCUGCAGAUGCUACGAGCACCUCCCCUAAAAUGGACUUUCUUUAAUUAGUACUUCAAGAUAUAUUUUUUUUAUUUCUGCAAGUUUUUUUUUUUGUUUCUCUACGUAUGUUGAACAAGUACAGAACUAUGGAUAUGUAGUUGAAUGUUGUGUUGAAUAUUUGUAUUGCUUAUAUUAUCUGAACUGAAUGCUGUAUGGUGAGUGCUUUCAUGUUACUAAACUAAUCUGUGUGUAUUUGAUGUGGAUGACAACGGAAGACGCUGGGAGACCGAGUGUUGGUGUGAAUGUGGAGUGGUGUGACCUUUGACCCAGCAGCUCUUGUUGUUUGUGAGGUGUUGAAACUCAUGUCAAAUGAAGGGAGUUCUCUAAUAAAGUUCAUUUGAAUAGAUGCUUAGUUGACAUCACCUGAGUCAGUUCGUCAAAUUAAAAAGCAAAUCUAAUUCAAUUCACAUAUCUAGGGACCUUGGGCUCUGCUGGUCGAGGUCUCCGUUUGAACCCCGACUGAGGUGUGUACUGAAGGACGAAGAUGGAAGUUCCAACACUUCCAGUGUGUGUGGCCUUCUCAGACAUGACGUGGGCUAGUAACUGUCUUUGUGAUGAUUUCAGUGGAUUGUCAGAGACGCUCAUCGGCUUUGUCCUGCAAGUGCUUUUUUUUUUUUUGUUUACAUUAGGUUCAAUACCUGACAGUCUUAACAGUAUCAAGGUUUAUCGAGGUGUAGGUAAGUAACCACGCAAAAACCGCCACAGUAUGAACAUGUAUUCAGACUCAUGUCAGUGUCAUGUUGUCCA